AUGGGUUGGGGUUUCAAAGACAUGUUCCGGGAAGAUCUCAAGUUCACCAUGGGGUUUGGACCCCGGGCCUUCGGCAAAUAUCCUGAGAUCAUCCCCCUGUUCGUCAUCGUGUGUAUCCCCAUCAGUCUGGGCAUCGCCACGGGCUACAGGCUUAUGGCCAACGGCACCGACGUCAGGCUGGUCAAGUCCCGAGGACCCCCACACGAGGACGUUGGUCCCAGCCGGUGCAGAAAGUGGAUCAACUAUAACCCGGAAAAGUACGCGCCCAUCCCAGAGCUGGAGGAGGUCAAGAAAGACGUGAGACACGACGCCUGCUGAAGGAACACCACACGGCAUCACCCACAUGGGGAGAUUCUUACUUUACUUUUUUCUUCCGCUUUUACCUGUCCCCAUUGUUUUAUGCACCCCGCAUAAUUUAACAAAAUUU